GUUUUUAUUACUAAUUGAACUCGCGCCGCAUCAUCCUGGAGGAGUGACAGUGCGCGGUGCUCGUAACGUGUAUAAAUAUUAUAAUACUAUAACUGUGCUUCAAACUUCGAAAGCUUGAAGAUGACAGAAGCAGUAGCUAAAGGCGAGUCCACACUACUGCGUCAGGCGCGCGACAAGUUUGUCGCGGCGUUCGGUCGCGAGCCAACCGCGGCGUCCGCGGCGCCCGGUCGCGUCAACCUUAUAGGCGAGCAUGUCGAUUAUUGCGAAGGAUUUGUCUUACCUGUGGCCUUACCAUUCCUGACUAUCGUGGUGGGUGCCUACAACGACACUGACGAAUGCCGGAUCCUCUCCAUCCUGGCUAGCGGCCAAGAGGUGGACGCAUCCUUCCCUGCUACAUCAGUAGCUGCCCUGAAACCUGGCGAACCGGCCUGGGCGAAUUAUGUUAAGGGCGUGGUCGCUAACUUUCCUAGUAAAGUGCGUGGAUUCGACACAGUGGUGGUAUCAGAUGUUCCAAUGGGAUCUGGAGUAUCCAGUAGUGCAUCUUUAGAGGUCGCCUUCUUCACAUUCCUGGAAGCGCUAACUGGAAACAGAGUUGAUCCCGUAGAAAAGGCGCAGCUAUGUCAGAAGGCAGAGCACGAGUUUCCCGGCAUGCCGUGCGGGAUCAUGGACCAGUUCAUCGUCACUCUGGGCAAGAAGGACCAUGCGCUGCUAAUAGACUGCAGAUCACUGGUGUCAACACAAAUCCCAGUAGACUCGGAGGACGCAGUGAUACUGGUGGUGAACUCUAACGUCAAACACCAGCUGACUGGCAGCGAAUAUCCCCAGCGGAGAGCUCAGUGCCAAGAGGCUGCCAAGAAACUCAAGAUACCUUCACUGAGGAGUGCACGUGUUGAAGAUUUAGAAGAACUAAAACUCCAGAAGUGCGACGAACUCGUUCUGAAGAGAGCGAAACACGUGGUUGAAGAGAUAGCACGCACAGAAGAGGUGGCCCAGUUGUUACCACAAAAAGAAUUUGAUGCGGUAGGUCAGCUAUUUUACAAGUCCCAUGAAUCACUUAGCAAGCUAAUGGAGGUGUCGUGUCCCGAGCUGGAUGAACUCGUGGAUAUAAUGCGGGCGGCGCCAGGAGUGUAUGGCGCUAGGAUGACCGGCGGGGGAUUUGGAGGCUGUGUUAUUGCCCUGAUGAAAAAGGAAUACGUCGAUAUUGUAAAGGAGAAUGUGAUCUCACAGUACAAAGGACACCCGAUCUUCUUCGUGUGCCGGCCGAGCGACGGCGCUAGAAUAUUGCAGUUAGCUUAGAAAAUAUUAACUUAAGCACCUACAUAGAAAUAAUAAAUAUUUAUAUUUUUUUA